GGCCGCGGCAAUACAGAAGUGGAUCUUUCCCUUUUCUUCUCUCUUGUCAGCUGAUGGCAGCAACAGCAGUGUUAAUGUUUUGUGGAGUAGUGUCUAUAAAAUAGGCACGUGUGAUGAUUUUGUUUGGGUGAUACAUGGAUGAACUUCAAAUAGCUGCUUCAAGCUCCCACUAAUUACAGAUCGUUACAGAUGGCAGUGGGAGUCGAAUGUAUUGGACGUUCGUGGAGAAGAAAUGGCCUCUAAAAGGGCAAGGGGUAUACAGCAUCCCUUAUGCUGCCACAACCGACACAGCUAACUGUCAAAACUACAAAAUUAUGUGGGCAAAGAGCUGAUGACGCUCAUUCACGCGAAUUUAGUGAUUGCAACAGUUACAAACCAACAGGUUUCUUUCCGAGUUUGGUGAUGUGUUCCUUACAUGCGCGGUGUACGUGACAGGUGGAUGCGGUGUAGAGGCUUGACGAAUUGCGUGUAGUUGUGUAAGAAGUUGAUAUUCCCGUUAGCGGUUAUCUGACUAGUAAAGAAAUAUAUGAAGAAGUGAAUAAGAUAAAUGUUGAGAGCUAAGAAAAAUGCGUUUGCAUUCCGGGUACACAAAUGUGAUGUGGAUAAUUGUGUUAUGUUUCUUGGUACAGUGUUUAAUUAUAUCCGAGAACAAAGUUCAUGGUAAAGACAACUCCGCAGAGGAAAAGACGGAUGUUAAGAAGCAUGAAACUGCAGCACAGAAGAAAAAGCAAACUGAAGCUGCAGUGCCACAAAAUAGGCCAAGUAAUGGCAUUGAAUCAACAAAUCAGAGUGCAGGUUUGCCAGUAAAUGGUAUAGAUAGGGCGAGGGUCACAAAAAAUAGAACAAGCAUUAAUGCGGGAGUGUCAGAGCAGGUUGAUAAUUCAUCUUCAAGGGCAUAUCAAGAGACCGUGCAGCCUUCUCGAAAAAUUAUCAGCACUGGAGCAUUCGUCAGAGCAUUUUAUGUGUUUGUUGGUGUAGGAGCUAUUGUUGUUAUGUACAUCGUUGUGAGAACUGUCAGACUGAGACGUAGGAAGUCUGCUGUUAGAAAGUAUGGGAUCCUGGCGAGUAGAGAAGAUGUUGAGUUGACGCCAUUAGGGGCAGAGGAAGAAGAAGAAGAUACAACUUUGUUUGAAAUGUCUUCACACAGAUCUCGACCUUGACAGUCAGAGCACAAGAUCAUGGCCUACCCCUAAUAAAUCUGCUUGCACAAACACAAUGCAGGAUGGGCUUUAAGCAAGGCAUUCCAACAUUGUGACCUACUUUGAAGAUGCCUUGUUCAACGUGAAUGGAGUUUACAUCAUCAGGGAAGCCAUGAGAAAAAUCAGAUGCCCUCAGCACUUCAACUCUGAAGACAGGUAGAAACUGAGUGAAGUUUUAUUUCACCAAUUUUCCUCUAGCCCUUUUUUCUUUAACCGUAUGGUCCCUUCUCAUUGGUUUAGCACCACUUAUUGUAUAUAAGACAGUGUUUUCCAUUGGGCUUAUUCACCCAGAACGUGGCAGCUUCAAUUGCAGGAACAGCUUCAACACAUGAUGCAGCUAAACCUUGAAAGCUGAAGUGACAUAUCAGUUACAGGCCAUGAGAAAUGAAGCACAACCCCUUGGGCUGUAUAAGUCAGGCAUUUGUUUUUCAGGAGAGUGGCAAAUUAUGUGUCUGUGUCAUUAAGUUUUGGGUGUGGGAAUUUUGGUUGAUUGCGGUAUGUACAUAUUAAAACUGCUAACAUACAACUGCAGGUGGCUCAUGACAUUACAUUACAUUGCAUUCCAUUCCAUGGAUCAUUGGAUGGUGCCGAUCACAUGCCUUCCCAGCUAUGUCUCUGUUGUCUAGCAGUGUCACAUCCAAUAUUAUGGCUUUAAUUGAAGCCUGUUUCAAAAUGUCCACUUCUACAAAUGGCCACACAUGGUUUUAUUUAGUUUCUUAUUUUUUUACGCAUUUAUGCCUAGCAGCAAUGUGAUUCUUGCAAUGUUUGCUGCAUUUAUUUACUGUGUACAUAGCUUAAGUCCAGCGUUUAACACAGGGAAGUCCACACAAAGGAGAGAUUGUGGCAGUGGCACUGGAAAAUGUAAUGUGGUCUCCAAUUUGAACAGUAGAGAGCUUGAAAUGUAGGCAGGUGUCCACAUUCAGAAUGUAGUGCCAUGGAGCCUGUAGAAGUUCAUGACUGUUUUGGAGAAAUAUACCGCUUCCAUCUUCAGGUUGAAAGAGUAAGAUGAGCAGAGUUCUGGUGGCUCCUUACUUGGGUCACCAGUUGGUCCUGAAGAUGAAGGCCAUAUCUUCACAGCCACAUCUUUUUUUUUUCUUUUUUGUAGUUGACCGAAAAGCAGAAUUGUUUGUGUUAAACCUUGCUUUGAUUGUAUUUUUACACCAGAAUUAAAAUAUCCUUUGUCAGUUAAUUGGAGCUGACUGUGCUU